UCUUUAUUAAUAUCCAAGGAUUAUGCUCUGGGAAAUGUCUGCAUCACACAUUGAGGAGUCCCAAGAUGUCACAUCUCAGGAUCUUGAUGAAAAGUUGGAUCUGCUUAGUUUACAGUGUCUCUUCCUAAUGAAUCAAGUGAUAAGCAUGAAAGUUGACAUUGAAAGACGAAUGAAAGAAGGUACUGGAAUGCUUGCAAAGGCUCGCUAUGUAAUGGGAGGUAGUUCUGUGAGCACUCUUCAGAUCCCAAGUGAAGAAGCAGGUAUGACAGCAAGUACUCUGUCAUCAUUCGAGGAGUCAGAAAGGAUGAUAGGUAAAUCCUUGAGGCUUAAAUAUUACAACUUCAGAGUGUUUCCUUCGGCCAAGGUGAAAGAUGACACUGAAGAUGAAGUCAAGGAUGGCAUUGAACAGAAGCUUUCCAACUUGCAGUUGGAUCCAAGGCAGAGCCAGGCAAGCAACCCUCUGAGAUGGUUUGGUGUGCUUGUCCCCAACAGCCUACGAGAGGCACAGAAGAUAUUUGGGGGAGUACUCUUACUAUGUGCUGAGUGCAGCAGCAUUGAAAGUGAACUUGAAGCUGUGAUUAGAGAAAUUGAUAUAUUGAACCAAGUGAAGAGCAAUAGACAGCAAAAGUGAACAAGGCAUUGCAAUUUGUUUAUUGUAAUUUGACAUCAGUGUCAUUUCAAGUAAUGGGUAGGUCUCUGAUCAACUAUGGAUUAGGUGAAGUAGAUGGCCCUCAUUAGGCCUCUGUUUUAUUCUUCAUCACCAUUAUUCGUACUGUAACCUCAUCCAUAUUCUAGUCUCAUUCCCUGGAUUCAGAUUAUGAUCCAAUAAUUAUUUGAACUUGGACAGAGAUAACAUUCAAAUGUCAAGAGACAAAAUGUAAAAAAACUGAUGGGAUAAAGUGACCUGUUUUGAACAUGUGCAGC